AUGACUGCCAAAGCUUCUUGCAUCCGCAGAGCUCAGCCUCUUACCGUCGUUAUCAAACUAGGCACAAGCUCCAUUGUCGAUGAAAAGACUCACGAGCCUCUCUUGCCUAUCCUGACUUUGAUUGUCGAUACUGCCGUCAAGCUGCGCAAAGAUGGCCACAGAGUCGUCAUCGUCUCUUCCGGUGCCAUCGGUGUCGGCUUGAGACGCAUGGACGUUGAUCGCCGUCCCAAGCAUCUGGCCCAACUUCAGGCCUUGGCUGCCAUCGGACAGUGCCGUCUUAUUUCCCUCUGGGACAGCCUUUUCAGUCACUUGGACCAGCCUAUUGCCCAGAUCCUCCUUACUAGGAAUGACAUUGCAGACGAACCCGAUCGCCCGCCAUACAUCCGCACCCGUUACCUGAAUGCCCAAAAUACAUUCAACGAGUUGUUGGACAUCGGCGUCAUUCCCAUUGUUAACGAAAAUGAUACCCUUGCCGUAUCUGAAAUCAAGUUCGGCGACAAUGAUACCCUCUCUGCCAUUACCGCAGCCAUGAUCCACGCCGACAUGCUGUUCCUCAUGACCGACGUCGACUGUCUCUAUGACAAGAAUCCUCGUACCAACCCCGACGCCCGCGCGAUCGAGGUUGUCGAGGACAUUGGCGCCCUGGAAGCCGAUGUCUCAAGUGCUGGCUCCUCCCUCGGCACCGGCGGCAUGACUACCAAAAUUAUUGCUGCCAAGCUGGGCACCUCGGCUGGCGUGACGACUAUCAUCACUCGGUCGUCAAAUCCCGGCAACAUCCUGGGCAUCGUCAACUACCUCUACAGCUCUCCCAGAUCCUCGGUGAUAGAGGGUCCUGAGAGCGCAAACCCCCUCUCCCGCACCACCUCCCUCAACCUCCUCGCUCCUUCGGGCGCCGACUUCACCGGCCCCCCUCUCCACACGCGCUUCCUACCCUCCAGCGACCCCAUCCGUGACCGCCACUUCUGGCUCCUUCACACGCCGAGCCCCCACGGCACCGUCUACAUUGACGCCGGCGCCCACAAGGCACUGCUCGGCAAGGCCGGCCUGCUGCCCGUCGGUGUUGUCGAUGUCGAGGGCAACUUUGCUUCACACGAACCCGUCCGCAUCGUCGCCGUGAACCGCCGCAAGACACCCGGCCCCAACGGCAAGAUGUGGGACGGCGUCCCGGAGGAGGUCGGUCGCGCGCUGGUCAACUACGCCUCGACCGAGAUCUUCCGCAUCAUGGGCCACCAGAGCGUCGAGAUUGGCGAGCUACUCGGCUAUGCCGACAGCGAGUACGUCGCUCAUCGGUCGCACAUUGCCUUUAUCCGCAACAACAGCCGGCCUGUGUCGCCGACCCUGAGCAUGGCAUAA